AGUUUCAGAUGAACAUAGAUCAUAAUCUUUUGCAUCAAUGGCUGCUAAUGCCAAGUACUUACAAUUAUAAUAGUAAACAUUAACAUUAACUAUUGUGUUUAGUUAUUUUACAUAUAUUUUUAAAUAAAACUAAUGUUUUUUUGACAUAACUGUGCAAUAAAAUUUCAUCGUUUCAUAAAUUCUUUCACAAGGUAAGAAAUAAGAUUCAGAUUAAAGAAGUGUCAACUUCAUUUUUGAUAAGCAUUUGCAUUAUUUUUGAGACAAAUUGGAAAGUUGUUGACUGCUCUGUCAUAGAGUAAUAUUCCCAUUUACGUCUUCUUGAAACACCAUGGCAGCCGAUCAACAACAGUUCUUCCUGAAAUGGAAAGAUUUUCAUUCGAACAUGGUGACUUCAUUCCGGCACCUGAGGGAUGAAAAGAGCUUCACAGACGUCACAUUAGCUUGUGAGGGCCAGACGUGCAAUGCCCACAGAAUGGUCCUUUCAGCUUGCAGCCCCUACUUCAAAUCUCUUCUAGAAGAGAAUCCAUCGAAACAUCCAAUAAUCAUCUUGAAAGACGUACCGUUCAUUCAUCUGCAAUCGAUUCUUGAGUUCAUGUACGCCGGAGAAGUGAACGUAUCACAAGAGCAACUUCCCGCCUUUUUGAAAACAGCUGAUCGACUGCAAGUCAAAGGACUAGCCGAACCUACACAAAAUAUCAUAACUGGAAAAAUGGGAUGAAAGUAUGUUUUAUGUGCGGGUUAGGCCGAGAAUGUAAUUCUUAGCCGUAAAAAUGUUUAUUCAAAGAAUGUUGAA